AUGGUGUGUGUGGCCAGGGCUGAACUGAUGUGGUCUGGACUGGCAUUAAAGAAUUGGUUCUGGCAGGGGCUCUUUGUGCUUCACGUUACUAGUCUAGUCUUUGCAAAGGAAAACCCGGUCAAAGCCAAAGUGGGAAAAAUCAUCCACCUGCCCUGCUGCCAUGAACUACCCAGCCCAGAGUCCCAGUAUAACUACCGCGUUUACUGGCAAACAGAAAAAGAAGUAGUGAUGGCUUACUCAGCAGGGAAGCUGGUCAGGACCGAUGCAAAGUUUGUGAACCGGACCAAGAUGGACCUACAGAACCUCACAAUGUCAAUUUUCCCAGUGAAACUAUCAGACACCGACACAUAUAAAUGCAUAGUUCAAGUGAUAGAGAAGGGACCUUCCAAGCUCUGUGACAGGACUGUGGAUUUGGUGGUUGAAGCUGACUUCAGCAAGCCUGUCAUAUCAGCAGAUGUACCCAAAGAUGCUUGUGGCUCAACUGAGGUGAUGGUGAACUGUUCUUCUCAUGGUGGCUUUCCAGCACCCAGAGUCUCUGGGAUCCUCAAUAAUAUGUCUGUGGACUGGCAAACCAAUUUAUCUGACUCAAAAGACAGCCUCUAUAAUGUCACCGCCAAAUUGCAGCUCAAUCUGACUGAAGACAUUUUCCUCACGUGUACCAUUGAGUAUGAUGACUUCAAAGUGUCCUCUAACUACAUUCUGAAAAAACUAAAGGAAUGUCCUUCUUCUCCAACAUCUCCGCCCCAGGGGGUCAUUAUUGCCUCGAGUUUGGUUCUCAUCUGCAUCUUCCUUGUGGCCAUUGCCUUGCUUUUAAAAUAUUUCCGGUGUCAUGGCUGCGAACAACUGCGGUGCUCUCACUACCCUGUCCCUCAAGAUCCAGCAGUGGGAACUGAAAUGAAAGACGGUGUAAGAGGUGUCAUUGACCUCUCUGAAGUAACAUCAGAAGCAGCAUCUUUCUGA